GUGGGAGUCUCCGCCUCCGCCCCCCAACAUUCCCCUCUUCUCAUCCUCACUAGGGCCUUCCGAUGGACAGACCUCUCGACAAGGUUCCCUUCCCUCUUCGUCUUGCUCUUCCCCCACUCUCGAUUUCAGGCAUAAGGCUCUCGCACCGGGCGGAGCUCGGCCAGCAUCCGAUCCCUCAAGCUCAACCUCCGAUUGUUGCCUCUCUGGUCUGUCAGAAUGGCGGAGCGGGGCGAGAGCUCGGCCUCGUCCUCCAGGGAGGAGCCGUCCCCCGCCAGUGCCGCCUCCUCGUCGCCUUCCAGCUCCGUGCAAGUCCACGAGGAGGAGGGUGACGAGCGGGGCGGAAUCGAGCCGCAAGGUGGAGAUUUCCGGCAACACGAGCUGGAGCAGCAGCAGAUUGGGAUCAAUUACCGCAGGAACUUCACAGUAGUCGAUGAUGCCGCGGCGGCUAUUCGGGACGACACUUGGUCGUGCAUCAUUGUAGUCCUCACCUUCUGGUUUUUUGUAUCUAUGACCCUGAUAUUGGGGGUUUAUGGUUCGGUGAGCCUAAGGCUCGGUCCAAAUAGUUCGAUUCUUCUACGGCCCACUCCCAUAUUUGUACAGUCUUUGAAGGUCGAGGAGUUAGAUGAUACUAAGCCCGGGCCGCAGCUGUACGGGUUCUACAAAUCUCCAGCUCUUGACGUUCUAUCUAAUUGGUCCGAGGCUUACAAUGCUUCUGUUCCAGCUGAUUCUCACAAGGAGUGGGUAUUUUACCUGAAUGAGGGGUCCCAAAUAAAUAUCUCGUACAGUGUGACCACCCCGGGCUCCUCUCUAUUCCUUGUGAUUGCCGAAGGGAACGAAGGCCUUGCUCAAUGGCUUGAAGAUCCAACAUAUCCCAACACAACUCUGUCAUGGAAUGUAAUUCAUGGAGCUGGCUCAGUUCAUCAACAGAUAUACACAUCUGCUAACUACUAUAUAGCAGUUGGGAACUUAAACACCGAGACUAUUGAGGUGGAAUUGGACCUUCAGUUGGAGGCUUACCUCUAUAAUACCACCCAAGCAUACUACAAGUGUACAUUUUCCCGAGGGCAAUGUAAUUUGAAUAUUCUAUUUCCUACGGGAAAUGCGGCUAUAAUAACCACACCUGGUCCUGGACAGGGUACACCCGGUGAUGAGUGGUAUGUCAAACUUUCUUAUGGACCUAGAUGGGUUACGUACAUUCUUGGGAUAGGUGGACUGACUGUUCUAAUGCUAGCGGCCUUCAACUUCUUAAACAAGUUUCGGAUUGCCCAUGAGAACAGAGGUGGGGCCCAGUAUGGACAGAUGGACUCUACAAGGGCACCUCUUCUUUCUUACAAGGACGAUGAUAUCUCGAGUUGGGGCUCAUCCUUCGAUUCUGCCUCACAAGAUGAGGCGGAUCUUGAGGAGUUUUUAUCUCAAGAGGGGAAAUUGAAAGAAGGUGAAAAUGGCAAUAAUACCCGCCGUCUAUGUGCAAUCUGCUUUGAUGCUCCCAGGGAUUGCUUCUUUCUUCCAUGUGGGCACUGUGUGGCAUGCUUUGAAUGCGGAACAAGGAUUGUGGAGGCAGGAGGUACCUGCCCAGUCUGCCAGAGGAACAUGAAGAAGGUGAGGAAGAUCUUUACGGUCUAGUUAUCAUCGUGAAGUUUCUAUACCAGACGAGGCGGCAGAAAAGGUUCGAAUAACUUGAUGGGGCAGAUCCAUGUACCGCCAACUCGACUAAAUUCUCUUUUUCUGGCGAGAUCUGAUUGCAUUUCUAAGUAUUCUUUUACGGUAACUAUCAUUGAUGGAAGUGGAUCAUUUGAUCAAUCGAUCGAUCGCGGGCGUGCCCCUGUUUUUCUUCCAGUGGCUUUGUAAUAUUUUUUCGGUACAGAAAUGUGUGAGAUAGAGUGAGUUGUAGGGUCAGCAACACAACAACGAGAAAAAAUGAAUCGUACAUUUUGUGUCUUA